AUGGCACCAAAUGGCUCAAGACAGUUCCUCCCUAUGAGCUCAAUCCUUUUCAACAACAAGACGUCCCCGCGUCCAGUAAAGCCUCACCUAGCGAAUCUUACACUCUCCAAUCUCCAAGAUGCGCAAGACGCCACUGUAACCGCGCUGCCACAGCCUCCUUCCACCCCUACCGUCGACACCAAGCCAACCAAAGAUGGUGUUUGGAAGAGGAUUAUUGCCAAGGUCAAGAAUAUGCUUCUUUUCGAAUGGGAAAGGACGGAGAAGAUAGAGGAAGAAAAGGAGAUGUGCAUUAGCGAACCGACUGGGUUCAAACAUGUGAAGACAUCAGGGCCUAGGCCAUUGAUGGCGGCUAUUCCGGUAGUUGUCAGGGAGGAAGAGAGUGAUUGGGAGGAUAUGGAGCAGAGUGAAGCUGGAAGGGAUUCGGUGUGGAUCAGGAAAUGA